AUGAAUUAUCUGUCGGUUUAUGCUGAGAAAACAAACAACAGCCAGAAUGUAAAGCUGCUGUUCAGCUUAAACGAUAGGAAAUUUAACAUGUCUAGAGUUGCAACUGAACCAGUUGGCAAAACACUGAAACGAAUCGGUAUAUCUGUGGAGAAAGCAAACACGAAGGGGCAAGAUGGUACAAAGAUGAGAGGUAAAAAGCAAGAAGUCUUAAAUAAUAUUCCUGUGGCAUUAUUUUGGGCAAACGGUGAGGCGAUGGACAAUGAAUUAACUAAUGAAGAUGCUUGGAAAGAAGGGAAUGUUUUAAAUAUUUGUGAAUCAAAAUUUCUAGUUGAAGAAAACACUCCUAUUGUUCACAGUGCUAGGGUCCCCUCGGUAAUUAUGGCCGGUUUCCCUGUUGUUCCAACGGUAAAGCUCGAAUAUGCUGACAAAGAGAACUCGCAGUUUAAAUGGUUCAAACAAGCACACCCUAGCAAACCGACAGUUGGGGAAGCUACGUCAAUGCCGAGUGAAGUUGAAAAUGAAAGUGAAACAAGCUGGAUUGAGAUUGGUCAGGAGUUUAUUUAUAUACCCAAUGUUAGCGAUAUUGGUUGUGUUUUAAAAAUGUCAUGCAAAGCUGCAAGCAUAGAGAAAGUUGCUCAUGAAUGGUUUGACGUAACUGCAGUAUCCGACGUAGCAGCUGGACCGGGUGUGACCCCUUUUGAUACACGCCACCUGUAUACUGCCAAACCCACCUCGGGUAGUUCUGUGUUUCGUGUCAUUUCCUACAAUAUCCUUGCAGAUUGCUACCUUGAAGAUGAUACCACUUGUCAGAUGUGGUUCGGUUACUGCCCCAAGUACGCCCUGGGGAUCGAUUAUCGACAACAACUGUUGCUGAAAGAAAUAGUUGGUUACCAUGGUGAUAUAGUCUGUUUACAAGAAUGUGGCCGUCGUUUGUUUGAUCAUUACUUGAGUCCAAUGAUGGCAUCCCGAGGCUAUACGGGGGUCGUUAAGUACAAAACUGGAGUCAUGCCCGAGGGGGAAGCCAUUUUCUUCAACAAUUCAAAUUUUACAUUGAUUUCUCAACACAAUUUUGAACUUAAAGAUUCCUUAACGAACGACAUCUGCAAUAACGAGCUUCUCAAGAAAGUCCGAGCAGUUCCGGAGGUUUACGAAAAGCUAAUGAGCCGUACAACUGUUGCUCAAAUUAUUGUCCUUCGCUGUGCUGAACGCCCUGAAGAUUAUAUUUGUGUCGUUAAUACACAUUUAUAUUUCCGACCUAAUGCGUCAUUUAUUAGAAACCUACAGACAAUGAUUGUCCUUAACAUGCUGAAGAAAUCAAUUGAUAGCUUAGAUUUUGAGUUGAGAGAGAAACAUGGUAACAGUCACCAAAUAGGUGUAGUGUUUUGUGGUGAUUUCAACAGUUUACCCGGAUCUGGUGUCGUCCAGUUGCUGUCUGAUGGUAUGUUGGCAAGUUGUCACCCAGACUGGAAUCUACCUGUGGAAAAACCAGAACAGACUACGACCUGUUUACAAAUGCCAUCUUAUAGUCAAGAAUUUGGUUUUCAAAACUGUUGCGGUUUUCCAGAAUUUACUGCAUACACAGAAGGCUUUUCUGGCGUUAUUGAUUACAUAUUUGCAAGCAAGAAAUAUUUCGAAGCAGAAUCUGUCAUUCCUGUGCCUUCAAAGGAAGAAGUUCAGCUUUAUACUGCAAUUCCAUCACCAGUCAUGCCGUCUGAUCAUAUUGCCUUAAUUUGUGAAUUAAAAUGGAAGUGA